CCCAUCCGGCCGCGACCGCGACGGCCCGGCGAGCGGCCGCCACCGUACGUCUGCAAGAAAGGAUUGGGAAAAUGUGGACCGCGCGGACUGGGGGGAAGUGCAAGUAAAAAUACUGGCGGUCGUUCUUCUGACGCGGCGGUAUCUCCGGGCGGUGGUAAUACUGGCCGUUCUACUGCUGUCCCACAACAAGAACUUGGUGAAAGGAAGAACGCAAGCCCAGAUCACUUAUCGGGCAGUACUUCUGCUACUCCUGGUCCUGGGGGAGGUAAAGGCCGCAAUAACAAUGCUGAUGCCCCUGUUGCAUCUUCUUCCCUUCUGUCAGGUGGUAGUAAAGAUACCAACAGAAAAGUAGACAACACUACUUCGAGUUCGACGGACAACAUUUGUUUACAACAACCGGAGACAACUACGCCGUCGACCGCAUCCUCAGCAGGUAGCAGCGGUGAAAAAAAUCCGAGUUUUUCAUCACGUUAUUCCUCGCUAUCAAAAGGAAAAAUCCCCCCUGCUGGUGCCCCCUAGGCGCAACAGCAUGCCAAAUCGCUUCCAUAAUGGUGUGGAAGCCUCUGCGCCUGUCUUCUUGCAAGACAGACGUGAUUUGUGACCUCAAAUCAGCAACGCAAAUUUUCGGAAACAUACCUUUUCGAUAUGGGGAGGGGGGAUUUUUCCUCUCAAUACUCGCCCUCCGUUAUUUCUUCGGGAGGUAAGCGCGCCGCGGGUGACACUGACAAAAACAAUAGCAAUACACCGCCAAACCUAAACUUGAAUACUAACCCCGAGGAGCGCCUGCAAGGGGGUAGCUGUACUACUAGUACGAGAGCAGCUUCUUCUGCCACAACUAGUACCGGUACCGCAGGGAGUAGCAGCGAUGGUGUUAAUGUUGGAAGCACCUGCAGCUCCCAGUUAUCUUCUCCGAUCGCAACAACGUCCACGAUGUCUGCAACUCGCGGUCGGUCCUCCGCAGCUCCGAAGCAAGCCCUGUAUCGUGGGAAAAAAGUGUUUAUAGUUACGCACUCUGGUGGGAGACUAGCAAGACAGACAAGCUCUGUCAUGCAGAAAAUGCUUGCAAACCGCAUUUCAUUCGUGUUUUGCCUUAUAGUCUGCGCAUCAGAGGUUUUCUUUGCCAUGUCGAGCAACUUUGUGAUGCAGAAACCCCAACCAAUGUGUAACUGUAACACUUUUUUCCUGGGAUACCCUGCGGCCCCGAAAUAAAAACGCCAACACCGACGACGACGACGGUCGUCUAUCAACUGUAAAAAUCCCUGGAUGUCUGGAAGAAUCCAACUUGUCAUGCUGAUUUUGGAUUCUAGAAAAAUCUGUAUUGCAUGAGCAGCAAAGAGAGUCCAAAUUUUGCUACACGGAAAGAGCAUUUGUCAUGCGGUAUAGGCAUUAGGAAGCCCUCACAAAAUCUGUGAUGCUAGGGCAUGCAUAUCACAGAUCGAUCAGGAGUCACGCAAAAUGUGCAUGACAAACCUGGCAAUCUUCCAGACCCAGACACUUUUACCUUUGAUAUCGUCGUUCCCUCAGUCCACCCACCCCGCCUGGGAGACUCGCACAAUUAAAGGCGGAGCAUCUAGCGAGAUUAGCGGCAGCGGGUAAGGUACCAGGGGAAGACGAAAAGAGGAAGCGCUCAGUUGUAUGCAUUGCAAAUAUGUCCGGGUCUGGAAGGAUGCAAGGUUUGUCAUGCUUGUCUGGCAUGACUGAAGAGUUUGCGAUGCGUUUUGAAGAAGAGACCUCUUUUGCUUGUCAUGCAAAAACACAAAUUGUCAUUCACAAAACGCAGCACUUAGCCGUGCAAAAAUUUCGCAUGCUUGGUUGUGCAUUACAGAGCAGUCACUAUUCUUCACAACUCAGCAUUACAAGUUUCCAGACCCAGACAUAUUUGCAUUUUAUCCCCCAGAAAAAGACCGACAGGUCAUAUUUGUAAUGCAAAAAUAAAUAGACAAAAAAAUCUGUAUUGCAUGCCCUAAACAGGAUGCUAUGGCCUCGCCCAUGACAGAUUUUCCUGUGUAUUUAUUUUUGCAUUACAAAUAUGACCUGUCGGUCUUUUUCUGUGGAAUACAUUUGAUAUGACGAUGAUGACUUCGGAUUCCAUCCGAAUGGGAGGUUCGCACAAUUGAUAGCGUAUCAACUGUAAAAAUGUCUGGGUCGGGAAGAAUGCAACUUGUGAUGCUGCAUUUGGAUUCCAAAAAAAUCUGUAUUGCAUGAGUACCAAAGGAAAUGCAAUUUUUGCUACGCUGAGAUGGCAUUUGUCAUGCGGAAUACGCAUCAAGAAGCCCUCAAAAAAUCUGUAUUGCUGGGGAAUGCAUCACAGACAUCAUGACUCAUGCAAAACGUGCAUGACAAGUGUCAGAAUCUUGAUCUUCCAGACCCAGACAUUUUUACACUUGAUAUAGCGGAGAAGAAAGCGAGAGAAGCAGCAGCGGCUGCAGCAGCGACUUCCACUGCGGGAGAUGGUGAAAAUAACGGAACAAAUACCGACCGCCCAGUUGUUCCUGUGGAGCCGCAGGAGAGGACGCAGGCGCAGCAGGGCAAGAGAAGUGCGGAGAACGCGCAAGAACGUGUGGCAGGUUCAUCUAGCGCAGCUGGAGGUGACAAUGGAAAUAACCAGGAGGUGGCGGACAAAAAAGGAGAUGACAGCAGCACCAGCACCGCGAACAACAACAACAAUAACUCCCCGGAGCAGGACCAGGAGCAGCUCUUCGGCCGCAUGACCGAUGAGGAGUACCAGCAAGAGCUUGCGGAUGAGCAAAAGCGAAAAAAGGUCCGUAAAGAAAUUGAGAAAAGUUCUUUUUGGCAAAUUGCUUCGGGAUACCGGGACGUGAUUGGGGAUACGGAGACAAGGAAGCCAAAGCGGUUGAUACUGCGAGGAAAAAUCCCCCCUCCCCAUAUCGAUAAACGAAAUUUGUGUUGCUGUAUUUGAGUACACAAAUAUAUUGCUAGAAGGCCAAGCGAGGCAGGUGUUCCCGUGUUUGGAGGCAAUUUGUCGUGCUGUUUCCCGUUAUUUCCAGUUGCUUCCUGUCAUGCUGAAGGCGUAAGGCGUUCCUGCGUUAGCCAGCACUACAGUCCGCAUCUCUACUUCCCUUCUAGCAUGACAAAGCUGACUUGUGGCCACAAUUCAGCAUCACAGAUUUCAAUUUUGAUCUAGGGUGGGUGGGUUUUUACUUUUGAUACUUGAGUACUCGUCGCUGCUACCCAACGCCCGACGAAGACGAUUCUGACGGCCCCGCCCCGGUGUACCGGGUGGAGAUGGGCGACAGCAUUGGUGCAAAAUUUUUUUUAGAACUGCAAAACAACGAGAAGAUUCCGAACGACGUGUCCAAAACCGACUACGAAAUCCAGAUUCCGCUCCCCGCGCCCAAUACGGGGACGACUAUUCGGCUAGACAAGAAGAAGUUUCCGCUGCUGCCGGCGGCCAAGAUUUGCAAAGGGAAAUUGAUUGACCCGGAAAAGAUGAUGAACCGUCGAGACACUUGUAACUUCAGUGACGAUGAAGAUGUUAGUCCGACUUGGUACCAUUUGACCUCCUCUUCCGGUUCGGAUAGCGAGGAAGAGCAAAGUCGGGCGGACAGUGGAGGGGAAGACGAGGAGAAAAUGAAAAACGACAAGACGCCGACGGCGGUGAGAAACAAAAACCCGAAAAGACCCCUGUCACCUCCUCCGUCACCUCCUCCUCCGAAAAGCAUAAGCAAUGACAAGGACGAGGAAAAUAAUAAUUUGUCAGAUGACGAGAACAUCGCGUCGCCGGUCACUUCAGCCAACGAUAUUGUGGUUGGGUUUGGAAAUGGGAUUAUUGGCAUUCUACCCGCGGAGGAUGACGAGCAUGAAUAUGAACUGCAAAAGUAUCGUACUCGUAUAAAUGCAUUACAAAUUUCCUUAGCAUGAGAAAUAAAAUUUGUAAUGCUGAUUUGCCUUGAUAAAGAAAUUUGUAAUGCAAGACCUGCAUUUAUACGAGUACGAUACUUUUGCACAGCAUAAUGAAGAGUUUUUAACCAUGUUGGAGAAGUAUCAAAUGCAAAUAUCCCUGGAUGUCUGGAAACUUGUAAUGCUGAGUGACUUAGCAUGUGGAGGCCACAGAUGAUGGCUCAGCAUGACAAGUUUCUGAGCUUCUAAGUGAUGUCUAUUCUGCAUGACAAACUGCGUUUCUGCAUCACAGAGAAAUAGGGUUUUUGGGUAUUAACGUGCGUGACAGACUUAAGAGUCGUGCUGGCCUAGCAUGACAAACCUUGCACUUCUCCAGAGUACCCAGACAUAUUUGCAAUGCAUAAGAAGGAACAGAAACAACUUGAUCGCGACGUGGCUAUGCAGGAACAAAUUAUGGAGUUCUCAAACGUUACAUUCUCAACUGUUACAUGAAUUUGUCAUGCAAGACUACCUUAAGCCGCCAGAUGAUCAAGCUGCUUCGCAUGACAAAUAUCCGAGAGGCUAAAUAGCAUCUAAAUCUGUGCCAAAUCUGUGAUGCGAAAGCAGGAAGCUUGCCUGUUUGACUGUUGCCAUUCUUGCAUCACAAAUUCAUGUAACAGUUGAGAAUGUAACAGUUGAGAACACCAUACAAAUUGCUGCGUCGUUUGGCGGGUCCUCGUUGUUUUCCAAUGGGGAGAACAACAUCAAAGAGGAAAAUAAUUCUGAAGAGACCAUGACUGGCGGGAGUAGCAGUUCUUCAUCUGGUGGUGCAGCAGCUUCCUCCUCUUCGAGCAGCUCUUCUUCUUCUUUUUCUUCGAGCAGCUCUUCUUCGAGCAGCUCUUUUUCUUCCAGUAGCUCUUCUUCGAACAGUAGUGCUUCCUCCAGUUCCUUCAGUUCUUUUUUCUCUUCGUCCAGUUCCAGUAGCAGCGGUUCAUCGUCCAGUUCAUCAUCCAGCAGCUCGAGUUCCUCGUAUUGAGAGGAAAAAUCCCCCCUCCCCAUAUCGAAAAGGUAUCUUUCCGAAAAUUUGUGUUGCUGAUUUGAGGUCACAAAUCAUAUUCAUCUUGCAAGAAGACAAGGCCAGGAGCUUUCGCCCCAUUACGGAGGCGAUUUGUCAUGCUGUUGAGCCUAAAGGGGAGCCCUUUGCCAUGCUGAGCAACUAGACACAUACGCCCCUAUCGAGCCUGGAGAUCUGCCCGCAAUGCCUCUCUGCAGUACAAAGCUGAUUUGUGUACGCAAAUCCAGCAUCAGACACUUGCUUUUGAUAUGGGGAGGGGGGAUUUUUCCUUUUGAUGCCUCGUGUAAUUUAUUUUCCAACGCAUUGUCCAUGUCCUUCCCGCUGGCGACGGACCUCUUCAGUAUUCCCGAAGAGGAUGAUGGCGCUAGUGGUGCAGAAGUACCGGUUUUAGAAACACAGGAGGCCCCACAACCAGCAACGUUAUCGACCCCUAGUACUGGGACCACGACCACGGACGACAGCAACAGUGUAUUUUCACUGUCUUCGAAUGUACCAGUAGUUGCACGCAAUACAACCGACCAGGAAAACGAAUUACUUUCCUUGAGUAGCGGCACAACAAAUUCUGUGACUACUACACGAUCAGCAUCGUCUCCGCUACCUUUAUCGACCUCCACGACACUGGACCACGACGAUAAACAAAAAGACGAAAAGCGGACACUUUGUUCUCCGCCAAAAUCUUCUUCGCGGCCAAAGUCGAAAAAAUCCCCCAAGGAGGUGAAAAAAGAUGACGCGAAACCAACCAAACCACAACCCAAGAAACCCUUCAUGCUGCCCUUCUUGAAAAAGCGAUCGGAAAGCGAUGAUGAGGGUCCGAAACCGAAACAGAAUUCUUCACCACUACUACAAUCGGGAGAUGGAGGUGCUACUUCUACAACUAAUGGCACCAGCAGUGGUUCUUCAAGCUCCUCUUUAUCUCUUCCUAUGAACGCACUCCCUGAGCCGCAGUUGAAGCCGAACAAGGAAAAAGUCAAAGAAAAGUCCAAGGCGGAUCUGCUGCUCAGCGCGCCCCCAAAACGCGCGAAACCCCCAUUGUUUCCGGACAAAAAGGCAACGAAGAUGGUUUUGCACUUGCGGCCAUUCGACUAUCCUGAUUAAAAACGUCCCCACACCAGAGUCAAGAUGGGAAAUUUGCUAGACAAAUCAACCAGCUGUGGCUGUUUGGCAUGACAGGUUUGUCCUCGUAGUGUGAUCCCAUUGAGCUAGUUCAUUCAGAAGCAUCACAGAUCUAGCAUAGCAUGCUGAUUUUAGCAUCACAAAGUCCAAAACACACAUAGAAAAUGCUUCUCAUAGGGCUCCGCAUGAGCAACCUUUUUGGCAUGCAGAAUUGCAUGACAACUCUGGGGUGUGGAUGUUUUUGGACGGGAUAUCGACGUGCGAAAGAACAUCGCCAGGGUGGAGAAAAGAGUGAAGAAAAUCGAGGGGGAAAAAGACGAAGGUAUCCAUUGCAAAAGCAUCGUGCUAUUAAACUCGUACUAGUACAACUUGCAGUCAUGCAACACAAAUCUCUGCGUAAAGGUCAAUCCGCACUUACAAAUUCCGAUUAAUUUGCAUCCUGGCGGAAGGAUAAAUUUGUCAUACUUUUACUUCAAGUUCAACCUACGUACGGGUAGUAGUGGUGCGACACUAUUUUUGCAAUGUCGAUAAUAGAAGCGAAGAAGAAAAAGCUGAAAGAAUUAUCAAGUGCAAAAAUGUCUGGGUCUGGAAGAAUGCAAGACUUGUCAUGCAGGUUUUCCAUCACCCAUGAGGUCUGGUAUGUAAGAAAUAGCAUGACAGAUUCUGUGAGAGUUCUAUCAUGCCUAAUCGUGCAUGAGAAACCGCCUCUCGAUUGGCUCAAAAGUGGGCAGCUUUUGGUAAUCACGCAACACAAAUUUUUACAUGAUUCAGGUGCAGGAUGGCAAGUUGCUUUGUUCCAGACCCAGACACUUUUGCAUUUGAUAAGAAUUGGAGAAGGACGAAAGAUUUCGGCAUCGAAGGCGACUGGUGGAAGGGAAAGAAGAUUACGCAGCGCGGAUGAAAGCGUUACCGAAGGUAGAUUUACUAAAUUGUUUUUCAAAUUACUGAUGCAUAGAACGGCAUGAUGUAUCGCUUUUUUCAUUGAUAAAACCUACACCUGUAUACUUAGAAAAAACACAUCACAAAAAUUUCUCCAGCCUCCGGGAUUUCGUGGACGACCUCGUAUCUCAUAUCCUGUGCAAAAGUAUUGUCAACUCAUAGGAAUUGGUGGCACGUGCAUAAUUACAGAGCCGGCGCUUCUGCUAUCGAUCCGCAUAAUACAACUAGGUUGUAGUGCUAAAGUCAAUUUGUAAUGGGAUGUCUUCUACUAGUUCUGGUACAGCGAUAUUUUUACUUUUGCAAUGCAUAUCUCGACCACGAACAAGGAAACGAAUGUGCUGAACACGACGACCGCGACCACAGCAGACACAGGAGGUACAAAGGCGAAGAAAUAUGUAGUGCAAAUAUGUCUGGGUCUGGAUUUGUGAUGCAGGACUUGAAGGAUAACAAGAUCUGUAAUGCAUGAAUACCAUUGCCCAGUUUUUUUGGCGUGCUGGAUAUGGUACUUUGUCAUGCUAAAAACGAAUGAAUCUGGAAUAAGCCUCGCGAAAUUUCUCAUGCUGUUAUGCCGUACAAGCAGCAAGUUUGCAAUGCAAGUAUCAGCAACACAAGUUUCCAGACAUCCGGACAUUUUUGCAUUUGAUAAGAACACCUCUAGUACAACUACAUCCACCUUUAUCCUAGAAAAAAACUUAAAUUUGUGAUGCGCAACAUGCAAGAGGAUUGCGUCUGUCAUGCUUGGCAUGCAUCGUAGGGCCCAUUCAACGGCGUUUUCCCGUACUAUCUGCGCAUGACAGGUUUUUGCUUUCAUGCGAGAGAUAUUUGUCAUGCUAAUCCUCCAAGAAAGUUACACCUACAAUGUUUUUUUCUUGGAUAACCUUGCCGGUAGGAACGGGUAUGGGUGACGCAUCUGCGUACGCACGGCCACCGACGCCGCUCCCGUUCCGCCGCGAAAGGAAAAUAAUCGAGGUGGCUAUUACAGUGAAAAAUGCCCCCCCGGAAUUUGCAGAAGUUUGUCAUGCAAAGUUUCCAAAUGAAAGCUUUUUGUCUUGCAUAAAAGGAUUGCGAGCGUUUCUGAUGCAGAAUCUGGGUGCGCGCGGUGCCUUGUGCAUAACUGAUCCGCCUGCUGUUGGGCUACUUCGCAACACAAAUUUGACCUAUUCAGCAUGGAAAAUCUGUGAUGCUGAGAUAUGCAAGACGGGGCAUGUUUCUGUUGGAAAGGUUUGCAAUACAAAUGCUGCCAAGCUGGGGGUGGGGCAUUUUUCAUUGUAAUAGUGGCACGCGGCCGCUAUGAGAGUGCACAAAAACUCCUCCCGUUUCAUGAUCUUUUUCAGUUGCAUUUUUGCAACUUCUGAACUAGAUCUUCAUGCGAAAUAAAGUUUAACUGCACUUACAAUUGUGGCACGGGACAAACUGACUAGCGAGACACUAGAGGGAGGCGGGUUGUGCAACGUCAUAGGCGCAACGUCUCUCAGGAAGAGGCAAUGUCGGCAUACAGUCACUGGGUGUUGUGUCAGACUGCCUAUGGGAUUGAUCCUGCGCACUAUCGUCUUGUUACCCCGGUUUUAUUUAAUGCAUAAAGAACCACACGGCCUCGACAAACUGGCUCUCGUACAACUAAUGUGUGUGGUUGUGCUCGGUGCGCUAUAGGAGCUCGUGACGCAAGGCGCCUGGGGUGGUUGUAGCAUUAGAAGGCAAAAAUCCAACAGCAGCUACAAACAGCUGUGCACCUCAAAUGACAAAUGAACGGGGGCAGGAGGGUUAUUUUGUGCACUUUCAUACGGGGAAAAAAAUGUGUAAUGCGGACACCGUGCAGACGAUUCAAGAAUUGAGAAAUAAUGACAUCAACUCUUCGCUUUUAACAAACUCGUCGGGAUCUGGAUCUGUUCCGCAAGGACCUGUUUCAUCUUCUUCUAGUAGUACAACUUCGACGACCGGUACUACUACAACUAACACCAGCAGUUGUAAUAUCAACAUCAGCUCAUCAACUUCUACAUCGAGUACUACCUCUUAUCCUGUGCAAAAGUAUCGUACUCGUAUGAAUGCAAGUUUUGCAUUACAAAUCUUUUUGCUAUGGCAAAUCCGCAUGAUAAAUUCCAUUUCUCAUGCUAAGGAAAUUUGUAUUGCAAUUUAUACUACUACGAUACUUUUGCAAUGCAUACCUCUGAUAAUUUGACCAUCUCUGUCCCGUGUAACAACUUGAUUUUAACUUCCAAUUUUCCCGCCAACAAGCGGAACCGGGCGACCGCUACUUCUGCCAGUUCUUCUUCCAGAUCGACGUCGUUGAUGUCAACGUCAUCUUCAGUACCAGCCGCGGCUGCAUUAGCAUUACCUUCAUCGUCUACAGCGGCUGCAUUACCUUCACCAAGUAGUUCAGCGGCUGCAUCAUCGUCUUUAUCGGCGGCCAAUACAACUAGCACUUUGUCUUCCACUGCAACUGUUUCCAUCUCUGCAGCAGAAAAUGAAUCCGAAAGUUCGAUUUGUUCUACAUCUACUUGCUCCACGAAUACAACUACAACCGGAGCAACAUCCAGCAAUGCAACUCUUAGCCCUUUACCAGAAGUUGUCCAGCAGGAAGUCGUUUCUACUUCCGAUACUGAACUACAACCACAAACACAACAAGUUAGUAGCACCCUGUCUCUGACCAGCACGACUAGCAGUACAUCCUUGACUAGUACCUCUUCCGCCGCCCUGGACGUGGUCCAACCGGCAGCGGAAAUUGUUGCCGCUCCGACAGCAGCAUCACGACCCGUUAUUAUUUCUUCGCUGCGGAAUCGCACAAGCGUUGACCACGAAAUCGACCGCGAAAGGAGCCACUGCGUAUUAACAAAGAAUAUUUUUAACCAGGAAAAACUACAGCAGGAAGAGGAACAAGAAACCCGCGGCCCAUCGGCCAAACGGAUCCGAUAUGCACUGCAAAAUUUUCAUCGCACUCACGCAUUACAAAUCUCUAUCUCAAGCUAGGUCCGCAUUACAAAUUUCAUAUUUUCAUGCUGAAAAAUUUGUCAUGCGAUUUGUACUACCUAGGGUGCGAUGCUUUUGCGAUUCAUAUCCGAAAAUCGAUUGACAUUUUCCAAAAGCACACCAUGCAGCGUGUUCAGGAGCAGGACCAAGAAGAGCCUCCGAAAAAUAACGACAACAAGAAUGUUGACAAGACCGACCAAUUCGAAAAUAGUAAUCAAGAGAACGGUGAAAACACCAUCACCACUACUGCGACCACUUCUUCCACCACUGUGAUUUUUGUCCCUCCGGGCACGUCCGGUCGCAAUUUAGCCGAAACUUUUCUUGCCCCGGACGAGGAGGACCGAUUGAUUGACGAGGAAAUGCGGGAAGAGGAGGCAUUGAACGCGGAAAUGGUAUGAAAUGCAAAAAUGUCUGGGUCUGGAAGAUUGGAACUUGUGAUGCUAACUUUGGACUCUAAAAAAAUCUGUAUUGCAUGACAAGCAAGGGGAGUCUAGUGUGUGCUACGCGGGGAGGGCGUUUGUCAUGCGGAAGAGGCAUCAGGAAGCCCUCUAAAAAUCUGUGAUGCUAGGGCGUGCAUUACAGACAUCCUGGGUCAUGCAAAACAUGCAGGACAAAUCUCAGAAUCUUCCGGACCCAGACAUUUUUGCAUUUGAUAAAUGGAAGCCUUUUCAGAUGUUUUGACGCCCGAAUCCUGCCAGAGUUCAUCUUGUGUAGUUUCGGAGGACUGGACGGAGGGGUGAACGUGAAGAUAGUACCGGAAAUUGAGAUUUUUCUUUUCAUUGUUGUACAUUAACAAAACCGAAUGAAGAAUCUCUAGAUCAAGAAACUCCUCAACAUAUUUGGUACUUCAGCGAACAAAAAACUACUAUAUAUCAAUUUGCCCGCCCUUGAUACAAGUUUUAUUUUCGACCUAAGUUUCUUGGCGAUAUAUUCUCGUUUUGCUUUCACACUUGUAAAGAGGAAAAAAAACAAUCUUUGACGGGCCAACUACGUUUUGCUUUCACGCCGGAAGGAGGGGCGAAAACUACGAGAUUAGGGGAGGCAAGAACGACGUGGACCAAUGCUAAUGAUCUCGAACUCAUCUACAUCGGUCCCUGUGGUGAUUCAGUGGAUCUUGAUUGUGGUGAUGAAAUUCUUUUAUUUGUUUCUGCACUGAUCAUGCCUGUACGUACCUAUGUAUUGAAAUUCAUUAGACUUUUUUAAAAACAAAAAAAAAUCACUGGAAUAAACAGCAUGUAGGAAAAUUACUGAUUUCAUAAACCGCCGCCUUCUUGAUGUGGCGUAUGUUUUUUUCUUAAAUGCUACUACUUCUCCUGGAGCUGGGUCCAGAAAAAAAAAAUAAAUUAUCACGCAAGGAGAAAAGUCAAAGCUGCUAAGGAGAAAAGUCCUGCCAAGGAGAAAAGUCCAGCCAAAGGAAAAAAGUCCAGCCAAAGGAAAAAAGUCCGAGCGUGCAACAGCUCGCGCGGUGUGGGGACUGGUCCCGCUCUUUGUCGUGAGGAGUGGCAGCGGAGAAAGGCACCGGGACAAAUUUCGCCCCUAGCGUUCAGAUUUUCUGUAGCGUGCUCCAACCUCCGCACUUGUUAGUCGGACUGGCAGUAUGAUUAUGUUGGGGGCGCGCGAAUCAAUUGGGGUAGUUUUUGCGCCCCCGCACCUGUGCAAGGGCUUCCAACCAGGUAUGAAAGCAAUGGCGCACGGGUGCGCGUUUCGUCGAUUUCUUGCGACGAUACUUUUCAGGCCGCCGGAUACACCAAGAAUCUGCGCGACUCAUCGGCCCCCUUCUCACUUCCGAGAAGGGGGCGGAUGGCGGAUUCUGGCUGCCGUUGCUCCCGGUCCCGCAUCCCGAAGUCAAGGGGCUGGCUAUCGGAAGCCUUGCUCGGAAUGAAGAUAGGCUCGGUGGUGGGUUUUGCGUUGUGUUUGGUUUUGCGCUUUUGCACCGACGCGGGCGGCGAUGCCUCGUUGAGGUAAGAAAGGCGCAAAGCCAGAUCCGGUGCCCGCAAAAAGCGGAACCCAGGGAGGGCCGAAAAAAAAAUCUCGGCGCGCGCUGCGCGCGCGGAGAAAAUUUCUUGCAGCCGAACCGUAGGUCGUGUGGGUUUCGAAAUGGGCGAAAGGGGUUCGACAAACUCAACUCUCCGCAUUUGGCACGCUUCGGGCGCCUUCCUUGUGGGGCAACUUGCUUCUUCUCCGUGCGCCGCACGCGCCCGCGGCCCCCCCCGGCCCCUCCCAUUCAUGUGGAAAGCCUAAAAUUUUUCUCGCGCGCUGCGCGCGCUGGCUGCCAGCCCCCUCUUUCUUUUGGCCCGAUUUUUGUUCACGCGGAGGCCUCCUGCCUGCAGGGGACGACAAAAAAGUUGCCGCGCGCAACGCACACAGACACAGCCUGGGGCCCCUUCUUUGGGGGGCAAGCCCGUGCAGAACCCGCUUUGCGUAGGCGGCCUUUGAUGUCCGUGCUUGUGUGGUUGGAGGGCGCCUGGUAUUUUUCGCGCGUACCAGGCACGCAGCCUAGCCUCGUCUCCUUGGGGAGCGGGGGAGGGUCUGAAAGAUCUCUUUCGCACACCGCGCACGCGGAAGCGCACCGAGCUGGCGCAAUUUCCCCCGUGCGUUUAUUUUCUCUGCGUGCGGGGGGGCCUGCUCUGAUUUGCUGCUCGGCGGAGAUGGGGCAGCAUGGCGUGCGCGAGGCGGUGCUGACUCUGCUUGCGCGGCACGGCGAAAGCAAAGACGAUGCGCAUGUGGCCCGGAAUUUUAUCCGGACCCGCGGCCUUGUUCCCUGUACCAGAAAAAAAAAAUUCUUCGCGCGCUGCCGCGCGCGCGUGCGCAUUUCGUCCGCCCGCUUGCGUGGCCGGCGAAGGCCACAAGUUUUUCGUUCGUUCUUGCUUGCUGCCCUAGAUCGUGUGGGCGCUGCUGAUUUCGUUGUGGGGCCUUUGCCGGGUUGCAGCGCGUGUGUGACACAUGGGGGGCCGGCUACCCGAGGGAGGGACCGUGCGUUGCCCUAGGGUGGGUGGUGGGUGCUGGCGGCGUGCCGCGAGUCCUUGGUGUUGCGCUUUUUUUUCGCCGUUCCUUACUUUCUUUUAUUUUUCCCGCAGUGCUGUGUUUAGCAUAGUCACUAUGGGACUUAUGGCAGCGGGUGAGACUUAUGGCAGCAGAGUGCACUAAGUGCACUCUCAGAGUGCACUAAGUGCACUCUGGCUACCCUGGGAACAGCUCACCCGCUGCCAUAAGUCCCAGGCUUGCCGCGGAGGCGUUUUUGAUUGGCCUCGCGCAGAGAAUGGCUUCGGGCAGGGCGCUGGGCGUUUUUCCCGUCGCGCAGUGUUUAGCAUAGGGCAUUCUGGCUACCCUGGGCGCGUCUUGCCCAUGAAAGGUGCGGGUCUUGAGGUCGAUUUUUGCCUCCGAAUGUAGCGGGGGGUCGGUGAGUGUAGCGUAGGGAGAGGCCCCGUAGCAGUGGUCCUGUUCCCGGAGACCGUUUUUUUGUGCCCUGAACGCAUUCGCCCCUCGUUUUCUCUAUAAGAAGCCCCCUUUUCCAAACAUCUUACUUAGGCAGUCGGGGCUUCUCGAGAUUUCCUUCAGAAGGGGACAUCCCUUCUUCUGGGCUUUCCGCGUGAUUCCCUUUGGGAAUUCCCUUCUCCUGGGUUUUUCGCAUGACUUCCUUUGCGAAAUCCCUUCUCCUGGGCUUUCCACAUGAUUUCCUUUGGGCAAUCCCCUUUCCUGGGCUUUCCACGUGAUUUCUUUUGGGAAAUCCCUUCUCCUGGGCUUUCCGCGUGAUUUUCUUUGGGACAUCCCUUCUCCUGGGCUUUCCGCAUGAUUUCCUUUGGGAAAUCGCUUCGUCCGGGUUUUCCGCAUGAUUUCUUUUAGGAAAUCGCUCGCCCCUGGGCUUUCCGCGUUUCUUUAUAGGAAAUCUCUUCCUUAGGAGCCGGCCGCUGAUCUCCGCGUCAACACGUAGUGGAGGCAAGCUCCUUCUGAUCUUCACUGCGAAACAGAGCGGAGACGAGCUCGGUGGCUAAGGUUUGGGUGGGAUAGGGUCCGUGAUAAGUAUCGGGGUUUCUCCUUUGAUAUGGAUCAGAGGGUCCGCGAUGUCGGACUUUUCUCCUUUGAUAUGGAUCAGACGACUUUUCUCCUUUGAUAUGGAUCAAAGGAGAAAAGUCCGGACUUUUCUCCUUGCAAAGGAGAAAAGUCCGCUGGAUUGAUACCAGAGCGAGCAGCUCCUGGCGCAAGUCCUUCUGUUUUUGCUUCACAUCCUUCUGCUUUAGCAUCAAAUCCUUUUGCUUUAGCAUCAAAUCCUUCUGUUUUAGCAUCAAUUCCUUCUGUCUUAGCAUCGAUUCCUUCUGUUUUUGCAUCAAUUCCUUCUGUCUUAGCAUCGAUUCCUUCUGUUUUUGCAUCAAUUCCUUCUGUUUUUGCAUUUUUCUACAUAUCACGCGUGCUGUGAUAUCAACAGCACAAUCGACUUUUCUCCUUUUCUUCUUUGAUAUCACGUGAUAUCACGUGAUAUCAAAGGAGAAAAGUCUUUUUUCAAAGUUUAGAGACCCGUGAAGCUUGCUAAAUAACAAUCAUGCGUCUUAUGCGUGAUACUGAUAUUUUGAGUACUACCGACGACGACCCAUUUUGCAAAUUUAUUUAUGUUUUUAGCGACAACAAGAACACAUUUCACGAGAACCAAUUUAUUUGUUCGGGGCAUCAUUUAUUCGGCGGUGGUGAUCCUUCUUCCGUGUUCACCGGCUGAAUACUUAUUGUCAAUUUCUAUUUCGUCUCGUGUCAAAGUCAACUUCAUCAGAUAUAAAAAUUUUCUUUGAAAUACAAAUAGCUUUGAAAAUAUGGCGGAGAUUAUAUACGUUGUUUUUUUUCGUAAAAAAAUAAUUUUCUUACAAUGAUGAAGUGAGCGAAUUAUAGAAUUGUUUUCUUUCCUGUAGAGGUGUGGAUUGUCUGUUGAAAUGUUUCAUCAAAUAUGAAGCACAGCCGAGGUGAUGAGGCACAAAGAAUCGAUCCUCUUUGUGAUCGAAUUUCUGAACUAGGACCGCGACCGACGGCCCAAUUACUACAUCUUUUC